AUGUGGCUUGCGAAGCAGACUACCCGUACCAUUGAAGCUUCAUAUGUUAUUGUGUUGCUUUGUUUCGUGCUUUUCAUGCCCUUCUGCUUCAAGGUCAUGCCGAACGAAGAGAUCGGAGCUGGAGCGGCGCUGCCAAAUGCCUGCCUAGAACCAGGGAAUAACCUGUUGGCUUCCAGCCAAAUACACGAGGAUGGUGAGGCAGCGCAGCGAGAACCGAGUCUCCACAUAGAGCAGGCUUGCAUUGGAAGGACGGACAGCGUAGUCUCGCCGUUGUCCAUGCUCAUAGCACUCAUUGGAGGUGGUGUAUUCAGCUUGGAGGCGUUUGAAGCCUUUCCUGUUUGA